AUGCCGUCCGAGACGAGCAACUGGAUCGUGAGUGUGCCCGUGCAGGAGGAAAAGGGCCACGAACAGAUGUUUCAGGACCUUGUUUCGCAGCUUGUGCGAGACGGGGCCUGUGAGCAGACAGACGUGGCCCCGAUCCGAAUGCCGCCGCUCAAGACAGGGACGCUCGAGUCGCUCAUUGUGAUGGCAGAGGACCUGCCCAAGAUUGACACGAUCUUUGCGGCUAUUUUAGCGCGCAUUGUCGACGCAUUGCGUGCGCUGCUCAAUGACGACGAAGAUGCCAUGAACGAGAAUAUGAACAUUGACGGCAUGAGCGUCGAGGACUAUGUCAUGUCGUGGAAGUGGAAUAGCGGCAAGUAUCGCGUAGAAAAGUCGCUCAAUGAUCUGAUCGAGCUCUUCACCAAAGAGAUGCAGUCGAUCGACCAUAUCAUGAGGCAGAAGCUUACGGCGUACAACGCCGCCAAGGGCCAACUCCAGCAGCUGGAGCGCAAGAAGCACGGCAACCUCACCGUGUGCUCUUUGGCCGAUAUCGUGCACAAGGACGACAUGGUCGAUGCGAACUCUGAGUUUCUCACGACGCUGCUCGUCGUCGUGCCCAAGACCCAGGUCAAGGACUGGCUCGCCAAGUACGAGCGCCUCACGCCGAUGGUGGUGCCGCGCUCGUCAGCGCAACUGGCGCAGGACGAAGACUAUGUCCUGUAUAACGUGACGCUCUUCAAGAAGGUGCAGGAGGAGUUUAUGCAGAAAGCGCGUGAGAACAAAUUUCAUAUCCGCGAAUUUGUGUGGGACGAGGGACUCCUCGCACGGGAACGCGCCGAAUUGGAACAAGCCGGUGCCUCGGAAAAGGAGCUGUGGUCCGAGCUGCUGCGCCUGAGCUGCGUCAACUUUGCCGAAGCAUUCCAGUCGCUCUUCCAUUUCAAGAUCGUGCGCACGUUUGUCGAGAGCGUCCUGCGCUUUGGCCUGCCAGCCACGUACUUUGUGGCUGUCGUUGAGCCGACGCCCCGUAAGGCCAAGGCGAUCAUCAAGUCGCUUGUGCGCCAGUUUGACUACCUGAACGAGUACAUAUCCAGCCAGGAAACCAAACCAGCCGACGCAUCCACACAACAGAACGAGACGCCCGGCGAAUUUGUGAAUUUGCUGGAGCAGGAAGUCUUCCCCUUCGUGUUGACGGAGCAGCCCAUGAUCACCGUAUAA